AUGCCAGUUCAUUUUAGGUGCGUCAUGAUAGUAGAAAAAUGUUAUAAUCGUUAUGAUUCAUUAUAA